GGUUGGCUCGUUCCUCAAUAUAAACACCACCGGGAGUUUCCGAAAAUUCACAUUCAGCUGACAAGACUGAACAAUGGUUAACAUGAGCUAUCACCAAUUUUCACUAAAAUAUCCACAUUCAAGUUCUAGACAGUCGAGAAGGCGAGCGAAUAAAAGAAAAAGGAAUUGCUGGGAUAAAUUGUCUCCAACCAAUUGGCAGACUUGAUUAACAGUGACUUUCAAAGGUCCAGUGUGAACUGUGUAGCCGAGUAUCUGUGCGUUGCGACUGAUUGGCGAGAUGACUGCCGAGUGGCUACACCUGCCCCCGCCGUACCCCCCUGGUGUGGGGCCGUUGUGUGGUGCAGAGUUGGAGGCGUGGUAUGAGGACCUGCAGGAUAUUCUUGGCUCUGACACGGGAGGGGCAAAACUGGCACGUGCCCCCACCUGUACCGAGGUCAGUAGCUUCAAGAAUGGAAGAGCUAUCACACCCAUAAUGAGUGUUUUUAAAGAGCCGGAGUUUCUGGAUGUCCUGGAGAGUUGCUCUCUCACGUGGUUGACGGAUGGAAGCCAGACGUGGGGUGAAGGUGUCCAGAGGGCAACAGAGGAAGUCCACAACACCCAGCCUCUGCAUCACACCUCUUCCUCCUCCUCUUCCUCCUCCUCCUCCUGCAUGAGUCCAGCUGUGGCAGAGGAGCGUCGGACAGAGGCUGAGAGUGGGAGAAGUGGAGAUAGCACAACGGGAGGUGGAAGUGACCUGCUACCUCCGGAGUUUUUUGAGUUACUCAGCGAAGGAGGAGUGGGAAUGGUUGAUCAGAGCGGAGUGGUCAUCAGUGGCGGUUAUUAUUACCAUCACCAUCAACACCUGCAGGCUAAUAACACCCAUCCUGCAUCUCCUUCUGCCAGUGAGGAGGAGCUGCCCUGUGUCCCUAAUUCUCCAUCCUGCUCCUCCUCAGCCUCCCAGUCGCCAUCCCAAAAUUGUUCCUCUCCCUCCUCACCUGUCUCUUCUCCUUCCGUCUACCCAUCCUCCCGCCUGGGGAAACGCAAGAGGACCACCAGCGAGAGGGCCAAUGGUGCCUUGUCCUCUUUUGCCUCCUCUACACCAAGAACAUCCUCAUCCUACUCAUCUGCCAAAAAAAGUCGCAAAGAAAGAGAACAGGAGAACGAGAGGAAAGUGCAGGAGUUGACGGAGCAGAAUGAGCGUUUGAAAGCAGAGAUUGAAAGGCUCGGAGAAGAGGUCCAGAGGACACGGAGAGCCCUCAUAGAGAGACUAGUCAACACCAGGAAAUGAGGAGAAAAAAAAAGAAAGGCAGGAUGAAAGAAAGGAAAAAGAAAAUGACAGGUCCUACACAAUUUGAAUAAGCAGUGGUGGGAAAGGUAUAACAUGGUGGUCAUGAAAUGCCUCUAAGGUACAAAAGGAAGGAAACCAAAGAUAUUUUAUAAGAAAGAGAAUGGUGAAUCAGAGUGCUUUAAAAGGCAAGAAGAAGGAAAGUGAUGAAAGUCAAGACAAGAAAAGGCAGAGAGAAGGGGCUGCAACAGCACUGCGGCAAAUAAAAAGACACAGCAUGUAUAAAGGAAAAGGAAGAACAGACAGUUCUAAGUGCAGAUCACACAGUGGUUCUGAUGAAUGUUUGUCGUUUUUAAGAAUGCCUACCACAAGUUCUAUCUAAUACAGUUGCAGAAAUACCAGUUAGGUGUAUUUGAUGAUUUGUAUGUAGGACAGAAAGGAACUUCUUCCAGAGAGUGCAUUUCAUUGUCAUCCAUUCCCACCAUUUUGCAAUAAAUUGUAACUCCUACUUAAGGGCUGCAAUCUGGCUAGCAGAGAUUAUUUGCCCCAAUUUGCGGAGAGUUUAGGAGCUCAGGAAAAGUUUGAAAGUGCCCAGCGCAGUGUGAGUAUGAGAGAAUGACUUUUUUCAUUUUUGGGAGAGAAUUCAUACCUUUUCUUACUUUUUUAUAACCCAUGGCUUGUGUGUAUGUGUAUUUAGAUAAAGCAAGUAGGAACCGGCUAUACUUUCUAAGCUGACCUUUUCUAUCAAUAUGGGAAUUUGUAGUAGAAUAAUCACUAAUGUAUUGUUCUGCCCUAAUUUACUAUUUUUAUAUAAUGCUGUAAAAUAUACAGUUGUACUGUAAUGGCUUGUACUGUAAUAUGCCAACAUAUCUACUGGUAUUUUCUCAUUGUAGUCAUAAAUUGUUAAUUGUAGAAUAAUAUGCAUGGCUUAUAUCAUUUAUGGCAUCAAAUACAUGUAUUUUACCAUACCGUUUAUUUUUGUCCUUCACUGUAAUCCCAAAUUUGCAAUAAAAGAAAAAACUAAG